AUGUCGAACUUUACAGCUAUCCCAGCUAGAAAAUCAGACAUAGUCUUGAGAACCGUUGAUGAUGAACAGUCAGUAGCAGAGUUAGUACGCAACUUUGAUUGGGCAUCUACCCCAUUAGGGCCUAUGAGCAGUUGGCCUCUCUGGUUAAAAGUAGCAACUGAUGUGUGUCUUCACUCUGCGAUUCCAAUGGCGUUGUUUGUCGGUGCUGACAGAACUUCAAUAUACAAUCAAAUGUUUACACAGGUCCUUCAAAACGUUCAUCCAGCGGCCUUGGGGAGAUCAGCACUUGAAUCAUUUCCCGAGGCGAGGGACGCUUUAACACCUAUAUUUGAUGCAGCUCUUGCAGGAAAGGGCCAACUUUUGCCAGCUUACUGUUCGUAUAUUAUACGAGCGGGUUAUUUAGAAGAGGCACACUUCACGAUGUCUCUUAGUCCGAUAUAUACAGACGACGGCAAAAUAGGAGGAUUGAUCAAUAUUUCUCCAGAGUACACAAGUACAGUAUUAAUGACUAGACGACUGAAAACGUUCAGGGAUCUGGCGAACGGAAUGCAAGGCAACUAUUUUGAUGAACAUACAUUAUUAUUGGAUUGCAUGACGUCAAUUGAAAGCGCUUGUCACGUCAUUACUACAAUUCUCCGAAAUAAUGCCGAUAUACCAUAUGCUAUAUUUUAUAUGGUGGAGAACCAAGAAAGUGGAUUCGAAAACAAACCGAAAAGAAUGCGAUUAGAAGCCACGACGUUUGAUAAUAAUCUAGUACCUGUCAAAAGAACUGAUGGAAGCGAAGAAUAUAUGUAUAUACAUGGAAUAUCCAGUAGAGAUAUACCGGACAAUGUAUUAAAUACACCUGAUCUGAUAGUCUUGCCGGAAUCCGAGGAAGAUAUUGAGCAUUUGGACAUAUAUUCAACCACUGCUGCACCAUGGCCAAUAGAACGUGCAAUAUACAGUGGUGACAACGUAAUAAUACGAUUACCAGAUGACUCGCUGGCUGUAUUGUGUCCGGUGACUUCAAUAUCUAGUGGGAAAGACGUAUUAACAGCCGUAAUGAUAUGCGGCAUCAAUAAACACAGAGCACUCGAUGAGGACUACCAAGAAUUUCUCCGGCUUGUCUUUAGUCACGUGAGUUCCACUUUUACAAAAACUCGAUCGCGAGAAGAAGAACGAAGACAAAAAAAUAUAUUGGCCGAAUUGGACAGACAAAAAAUUGUCUUCUUCCAAAAUGUCAGUCACGAAUUACGAAGUCCGUUGACUCUUAUGCUUUCACCUUUGGAAGAAGCAAUGGAGUUAUGUCCUAGGAACUCUCCAAUAUCAGGUCAUCUCAAAUUAAUCCAGAACAAUAACCGAAGAUUGCUUAAUUUAAUAAACAACUUGCUUCAAUUCGCCCACAUAGAGGCAAGCCGACUUCACGCAUGGUUUUGCGAAUCGAACAUUGCAAAGUUAACAAUAGAAUUGGCAGCCAGUUUCGAAAGUAUGGCGAAAGCGCUUAGUUUAUACUUUAAGCUCGAUGUCCCUAGCGAUGAAGAACUUGUCCGCCAAAUGGAUCAGAAAAUAUUUUUAGAUCGGGAGAUGUACGAAAAGAUACUAUUUAAUCUAUGUUCGAACGCGUUUAAACACACAUGGACUGGUGGAGUAACUGUUCGCUUGUUUACAGAGAAAAAAGGGGAGAGACAAGGGGUGGUUCUUGAAGUGUCUGACACAGGUGUUGGCAUACCAGAAGAACAUGUUUCAAAUAUUUUCCAACGCUUUUACCGCGUCGAGUCGCAACCAUCACACAGGCGCGAAGGUACUGGGAUUGGUCUUGCUCUCGUUAAGGAACUCGUCGCGCGACAUGACGGUGAAAUCCACGUCACAUCCCAAGUGAAUGUCGGCACUACUUUUCGCGUUUGGAUUCCCGCCGGAUUUUACCAUCUUCCUCAGCAACAAGUUUACUUUGGAAGCAAAAGAGAUAUUUCUCAAUUUGAUGCAGAAUACGAAAACCAAAUUCAUUCGGAUACAAGCUUGUAUUUGCCUAUGCAGAAAGUACAAAAGGUGGAGGAGUCUAACCAAAAGCCCAAUGAAACUGAUCAAUAUAGUUCGACGCGCACCGAUAGUGACAGUUCAUCUUCUACAUCUUCGCCACUCUCAGACGGGUGGUCAGCAUUGCAUAUGGAACCUAGUUAUAUCGAAUUUGAGAGUACAAGAAAAUAUAUUCUAGUCGUCGAUGAUAAUGCAGACAUGAGAAACUAUUUGAGCAAUUUGAUCAAGAAGCAGUUUGAUUGCAUUUCCGUUGCUGAUGGUUGUGAUGCUCUUAAAAUCGUAAAGAGCUCACAACGGUUGCCUGACCUAAUUCUGAGUGACGUUAUGAUGCCUAACAUGGAUGGCUUCGAAUUGCUUAAAGCACUGCGUAGCAAUCCAGCAACACAGACGAUUCCUGUGAUCUUAUUAUCGGCUCGAACAGGAGAAGCCAGUAUCGAAGGAUUGGAAAAGGGUGCAGACGAUUAUAUCGUUAAGCCGUUCAAUGCUCGUGAACUUAUGGCUCGCAUUCACGUGAAUCUCAAACUUUCUCACGUUCGUCGUCGACUGAUCGCCGAACAACAGCAUCAAGUUCAAAUUAAGCAGUUACUAUUCACAAUCAGCAACAAAAUCCGAUCUGGUUUUGGAAUACAAGAAACGCUUGAUACUGCCGUCUCGGAAAUAAAAAAGGUGUUAUCAUGUGAUUAUUUACUAAUAGUACAGGAUACUUUUGAGCAAGAGAGCACUGGCUGUAAAGUGAUGGCUGCUUCAUUGCCUCUCACAGUUGAAUCAGAAAACAUUGUUGGGUGUAUAUUUAGUGGUUUAAAUGUUAGGGACUAUAUGGCUGACAAUAGUGAACAGCAGCCAGCAAGAACGGCCAUGGGUUCUUUUUCGGCAACACAUCCAGAAGCUCACACUUAUUACGAUGGGCAUUUAACACCAGAUUCCUUGUCGAAUGAUAUAAAAAUUUGUACAGAUUGCGAAUCAAAAAUUUUACAGCAACGCGUGUCAUUUCUUAGCGCAGCUAUUCAUUUGAACUCGUCACCGUGGGGAUGGAUAAUCGCUUACCGACAACCAUAUAAUGAAUGGACAAAGCCCGAGACGAAUUUCUUGCAUCAGGUUUCAAACCAAAUAAGUUUAGCUAUCGGCCAUGCCGUUCUCGUCGAAGAAAAGUUAAAACGAGAGGCACAAGUGAAGGCCAUGAGAGAGACAAAUAGAGCAAAGAGUCAAAUAUUAGCCAAUACAUCUCACGAACUUCGUAAUCUAUUGGGAGCAAUUACUGGAGCGCUUUCUGCCUUUGAAGGAACACAGCUCACAACUGAACAACUAGAUAUGGUUGAAGUAAUGUCCCGCGCAUCUGACGUGGUUAUAUCCGUGGUAAAUGAUAUCCUAGAUGCAGCCAAAUUGGAUGCGCAUAAGCUCACAUUGAUGAACCGCGUCUUUGAUUUAUGGGCACUUGUAGAGAAGACUGUGACAAUGUUUGGUGAGCGUGUUGGCGCAAAGAAGCUUGAAUUGAUUGUUCUAUACGACCCGGAGACUCUUUCGAGAUAUGUAAAGACGGAUCCAGAGAGACUGCAACAAGUGAUAAUGAAUCUGUUAUCUAACGCGAUCAAAUUCACAGAUAAUGGUGAAAUUGUGAUAAAGUUGUCAAUAAAAAACAACGAAGACAUGGCAAUAGAUGAUGACUCUGAUAUUAACAAAUUCUUGUGUGUGGAAAUAUCUGAUACUGGUGUCGGCAUUGACCCGGCGUCGAUUCAUCACAUUUGGGAGAACUUCUCGCAAGGGGAUGCUUCGAUGACUCGCGGCCGAGAUGGAACUGGCCUAGGUCUCUCUCUAUGCAAAAGUCUAGUCGAGCUAAACGGUGGUGAAAUUGAGGUUUACAGUGAAGUUGGUAAAGGAAGUAAAUUCUGGUUUACUUGGGAUAUUGGGAAUAUAUCUUUAACGUCAAUACCAAAGCUACCGUCCGGAAAUGAUAAUGCAAAUUUACAAGUUCAGCCGAAACGAGCCAAAAAUGUCCUUAUAAUUGAUCCUGUGGAGGUGGCAAGAUCAGCUUACGCGAUGUUGAUUAAGGAAAGUGUCAAAAAAGUAUAUACCUAUACAGAUUACACAAGCGCAAUCGAAGCAGCCAGAGAGUACAAGAAGAAGCACGACGAACCUAUAUUCGAUUUGGCAUUUUUGAGCGUGAGAGAUAGUAAUGCUACAGACGUUGAGGAUGCGGCCAAAGAGCUUAAGCGCAUUUGUGGAAAUGGGUUAUCAAUUGUGUUGAUGGUAUUUUGGUCAAUCGAAGGUUACACGCUUGGGAAGAAUAUGAUCGAGAGAAUAGGAGCAGACGUUGCGGCUAUUAGCAAGCCGGUAAUGCAAAAGCGUAUGAUGGAUUGUAUUUCUAAUUUCGGCAUGUUUUUGGUUAAGCCUGGAGAUGAGAAUAACAAGGGAACGGAAAUAAAUAGUCUAUCAACAUACAGUCAAUUCUAUAACCAUAAUCGACCUGCAGUUUGUUAUCCAACGAAAAGAGAUAGUAACGAGCCAGUUAUUGUUCGAGGUGUUCUGCCACCAAAGGAGGGUGAGAGCGAAUCCAAGUCUAAAACUGGCACCGCGCGACUUGUUCCAAUGAAGAGAUCCGCUACUAGCGAAUUGAAGUAUCAAUCCAGUAAUGAAGAAAGAGCGAGCAAGUCAAGGAGCAAAACUGAAAGAUUACCCAACUGUAUUCUCUGCGUGGAUGAUAAUGCGAUCAAUCAAAAAAUCGUCAAGGCACAGCUGGAUAAAUUGGGUUAUCAUUAUUUAACGGCAGAAAACGGCAAGGAAGCUGUUGAUUUGGUACGGGCGCGGUAUGAAAAGAACUUGUCUUCCUCUUCCCAGUUGUUACAGUCCAAACUGGGAAUAUCGUUGAUUUUGAUGGAUUGCGCAAUGCCUGUCAUGUCGGGUUUUGAAGCAACGCGAGCAAUUAGGUCGUUAAACCCAGAGCUUCAGACUCUUCCAAUCGUUGCAUUGACUGCAUCCGCAAUAGCGGAGACGCGCGAACAAUGUCUAGAGGCUGGUAUGAAUGACUAUCUAACCAAACCACUCAAGAUAAAACAAUUGAAAGAGAAGCUGAAUGAGUGGCUGGGCGAGAAUUAA